UUUUUUUCUUCAAAAAAACCCAUUUAAAGAUCUUCAUCACCUUAGUCUCUUCUCUUUCUCUAUUAUUUUCUCCCUUAACUUCUCCAAGAAAUCCUCAAUCCAACCAACUUCUCUCUCUUACCUUUUCUAAAAAGAUUCUUUUUAAAAAAAAAUCAAAAACCCAUUUUUAUCUAUUAAGCUUUCACAAGAAAAACACCCCUUUUAGUUCUUUUUAUUUUGUUUUUCAAGAAAUGAAGUGAUUUAGGUUUUCAAUCAAAAACCCAACUUAGAUCUUCAUUACCUUAUUCUCUCCUCUCUCCUUUCUUUAUUAUUUUCUUCCCUAAACUUCUCCAAGAAAACCUCAAAAGGUCCUUUUUAUGUUUGUUUCAAUGAAAUGGAGAGAUUUAGGUUUUAAUAAAAAAAAACCAACUUAGAUCUUCAUAACCUUAUUCUUCCCUCUCCUAUCUUUAUUAUUUUCCUCCCUAAACUUUGAUCUAUUAAGCUUUCACAACAAAAAACACAGCUAUAUAUAUAUUGUCCAAAUUACAAAAGAAAUGCCCAUGGAACGUUCAAACUCAUCCAGAAGCACAAACUCUUCAUUCUCAACAACAUCAAGAGUAAGUUCUUCAUCUUCAGUUUUAUCUAUACAAUGCUUAAAAGGAAGCUCAAAAUCCGAUGAAUGGACCGAAAACAUGCUACAAACGGGCGAUAUUGUGGAGUCGCUUCGGUUAGGGAACAUGAUUCUCAAAUCACCAUUCAAGAAUGGAAAAAAUGGGAUUCAAAAGAUCAUGCAUACUUCUUUUAAAGCUAAGGAGACUUCAAUAUGUGUCCGAGUUCGACGUGGAUCUGAUGAGUCAUUCACCGAGUUACAGGCAUGUAUCGUUCCGAACGAGUUUGCCGGAAGGAAACAGUAUAUGCUUAGGGCUAUUGAUGAUCCAAACUAUGCCGUUGGUUUUGUUGAUCGGACAGAAAUGGAGUGUUUGGAAUUACAAGCUUCAAGGAAAUCAAGAAUGGUGACAGCAUUAACAAGGACUCCACUUCAAGAAGGAUAUGUUAGUUAUCCAUGGGAGAAGAGAAUGAAUGAGUUGCUAGCAGUUCCAAAUUCAAGUAGUUUUUACUCUCUGCUUCUCUUGCCAAAAGCCUCAGACAAAGUUUCUAUUCAUUACAAUGAUUUAGAAGACACUCUUUCUCGAGCAAAUGCUUGGCUUAAUGCUUCUCAAGCUUCUGGUGUUCCCAUUGUGUUCAUGAAUAUCCAGACUGAGUCUCUACUUACCAAGAUAUCAGGGGAGACAGCUUCUUGCACAGUAAAUGCAGGAUCACUUUCUGAUUUAACAAACCUUGCAAAUGCAAGUUUAUAUGGCUUUGAAGAUUACCAUGGAGUUGAUAUUGGUGUUGUCCGAGCAGUUCGUCUUUGGUUUUCCCCUCUUGGUGGAGAAAUUCCUAUUGAGAUCAAAAUCAAAGAAACUGAUGUCAAACUUGGCUUUGCCAUCAGCAGAACUGAAGAGGGCUUCAUUCACAUAUCAUCAGUCAUUGAAGGUGAUGAGGAUACACCAUCCUCAAGAUCAGGCCUUAUCAAUCUAUACAAAGAAGCAGCCAAAGAGUGCAAGCUUUUAGUUGUAUCAAGAAUAUCCAACCAAAAGGUCCUUCCAUGGAUUGUUUCUCCGACAGGGGCGGUCCGAUGCUUCGACACUGUCUCUCUCAGCCAAAAACUCUCGUUGCAUCGCCACGCAAAGGUUCCCAUUCUCAUGCACGUGUUUCUUUGGGACCGAUCAGUCCCAGUGCCAGGCGGUGGCACCUUUACUCGGUCAAGGAAUAUUUCCCCGACCAUGCUGCCACCGUUGCCACCUGAAGUUCGGUUGGCACGCCAACCGAAUGAGAAUCAGGUGAUGCCAUUGCCUCCAGAAGUUGAAGAUGAGAGAGGAAGCCAUAGUGAUGGAUCAGAGCUAAGGCUUGACAGGGACACUGCAGGGGAAUCUUCUUUUCGUUUCCAUGAUUUUUCUCUACCAAAUAAUUGGGUGUAGUAAGUUUCUAUUCAUGUUAUUUGAUGUACAUAGGGAAGUUAUUAAUUAAUGAUGUAACAUUGAGAAGGCAAUGCUUGAGUCAAGGAUGUUGGACUUAAUUAAAAGCUAACAUCUGACACAAAACAGAUAGAUGUAAAUGUUUUAUGAGUUAUUGAGGCUUUGUUGGUAUAGUAGACCAGUUAUUGCAAGUCCACAA